UAAAAAGUGCCAUUCCGGGCUGUGAAACUGAAGAUGGAGCAGAUUUCUUAUUCACCUCCGAAUCUGUGGGAGAGGGACAUCCAGACAAAAUGUGCGACCAAAUCAGUGAUGCUAUCCUGGACGCACACUUGGAGCAAGAUCCCUAUGCAAAAGUAGCCUGCGAAACAGUAACGAAAACCGGGAUGAUUCUAGUUUGCGGAGAAAUUUCCUCCAAAGCAGUCGUGGACUAUCAAAAAGUCAUCAGAGAAACAAUCAAACACAUUGGAUAUGAUGAUUCGUCCAAAGGAUUUGAUUACAAGACCUGCAAUGUUUUAUUGGCAUUGGACCAGCAGUCUUCCAAUAUUGCGGCAGGCGUUCACAUUAACAAACCUGAAGAAGAGGUCGGAGCAGGCGACCAGGGAUUGAUGUUUGGAUAUGCUACAGACGAAACUGAAGAAUGCAUGCCAUUGACAGUAAUCCUAGCGCACAAGUUGAACUACGAGCUAGCUGAAUUGAGAAGAUCUGGUGAAUUCUGGUGGGCUGGGCCAGAUUCCAAGACGCAGGUCACAGCUGAAUACACUUUGGAACGCGGUGCCUGCAUUCCCAAAAGAAUUCACACUGUGGUUGUUUCUGUGCAGCACAGCGAGAAAAUCACUCUGGAGGAAUUAAGAACGGCUGUCACUGAAAAAGUCAUCAAAGAAGUAAUUUCCAGCAAAUAUCUAGAUGAUCAGACUAUCAUCCAUAUUAAUCCAUGCGGCAAUUUCAUCAUUGGAGGACCACAAAGUGACGCUGGUCUCACUGGCAGAAAAAUCAUCGUUGACACAUAUGGUGGAUGGGGGGCACACGGAGGCGGCGCCUUUUCUGGAAAAGACUUUACCAAAGUCGACAGAUCAGCAGCUUAUGCAGCUAGAUGGGUGGCCAAGUCUUUGGUCAUGGCUGGCAUUUGCAAGAGAUGCUUGGUGCAAGUUUCAUAUGCUAUUGGGGUGGCCGAACCUCUAUCUGUUUCAGUAUUUGAUUAUGGGACAUCGCAGAAGACCCAGAGAGAGCUGCUUCAGAUCGUCAUGAAUAAUUUUGAUCUGAGACCUGGAAAAAUUGUCAACGAUUUGGAUCUGAGACGACCCAUUUACCAGGAGACCAGCACUUAUGGCCACUUUGGGCGUGAUACCUUUUCCUGGGAGCAGCCAAAAGUCCUCAACCUGAAUUGAAAAUCAGUGUCCUCAGUGCCCUUAUAAUAUGUUUUAUCGUUUCAUUUUAUCAUAUUUUGCAUUAGAAGAGCUCUUAGCAACUGGUUAUUGACAACUUUUUUGUAAUUUUCAAUGUUCGAUUAGGUGAUUCUUCCAUGAUUUGAAAAAAUAUACAACUUGUAAUGGAAAUCACAUUGAAUUUAAGCAGUAAUUUGUUAGGGUGAACUAAAAAGUUUC